AUGGUCUGUGCAAAAUAUGUUGAAAAAAUAACAAUCACAAGUGAUGUUUCAGAAAUUGUUGGUGGGUAUUUAAACACACCGUAUUUGAAAGAUGUUGUUCUUGUCGAUAACAAUAACCUUGUAUCUAUUGAUAAAGUUAUUUAUUCCGCAAACAAAGAAAAACUUUACAUGUAUCCAGGUGGUUUAGAAGCCAAAGAAUUUACAAUUCCAGAUCAUGUUAAUUAUAUUAAUCUUUAUGCAUUCUCAUAUGUUGAAAAUUUGGAGAAAAUCAUAGUUGGACCAAAUGUAAAAUUGUCAGAUGGAAUGUUCGCAUUCUGUACAAGUCUUAAAUCAAUAGAAAUAAAUAACAAUACCAUGUAUUUCCCUGAAAUAUGUUUCGCAUUCUGUACCAACUUAACAUCAAUCAAACUGCCUGAUAAUGUGGUAAUUUCUCGUUUACAUAGAUAUUGUUUCCAGGGGUGUUAUAGUCUUCAAAGGCUUGAUUUCAAUAAUAAACUUGUUAUUGUACAGGAAGGUUGUUUCCAAGAAUGCCGCUCAUUAGUUGACGUCGACUUUUCUUUAUUGUAUAAGAUUCCUGAAAAAUGUUUCAAACUUUGUGAGAUGGAAAGAAUAAAUUUGCAUAUGAGUGGAAACAUGAAAACAAUAAGUCAGGAAGCAUUUAUGGAUUCAAAACUUGUUGAAUUCAUUUGUCCAGAGAAUUUGAUGAUCGUAGAAGAAUAUACAUUCUCAAAUUGUACAUCAUUAAAGAACUUUAAGUUCAAUGAUAAAAUUGCAAAAAUUUGCGAUUCAUCAUUUUCAAGUGUUGGAUUAGAUGAAUUGUUCAUUCCUAAUUCAUUGAUGAACAUUAAUACUUCAAGUUUCCGCGAUUCACCAUUCAUUCAGUUUAAAUUUAGUGAAGAAGGGCAUCCAGUUUAUUAUGUCGAAGGUAAUUGUUUUAUGAACAAAACAGGUGGGUUGAUGUUCAUUUUGUAUAGAAAUGGAAGCUCAUAUGAAAUUCCAAACCAUGUUAAAAUAAUCAGCAAAGAAUCAAUUAUGGAUGCAAAAUACUAUCAAUUUGUAAUUAACUCCGAUACUACAGACUCAUCAUUCUUAUAUUUCUCUGACUAUCACCUAAGGAUAUGUGUAACAACCCCUAAUUAUGUUAGUUACUCAAAAGAAGAUUGUCAAAUGAAAAUAUAUGACAGAAAUAAUGUUGAUCGCUAUGCAAAGGAAGGCCCUUAUGAGCCAACAUAUAAAUUAAAUAAUAAUCUGUACAUGGAAGAUUCAUUCCUGCACGUUUACGAAUCUAUUACAGAUUCAACACAAGAUGCAUAUAAUGUAAAUCAAUCUCUUCCAUUUUUGGAGAGUCUAAAUUCGUAUUCAUCUCUUCUUGCUGUUCUCGUGUCUUUAGUCUCUGUUUUACUUGUUGUAAUAAUAAUUCUUUCAAUUAUUGCUUUGAAAAUAACUCAUGAAUAA